AUGGAAAUCCGCUGCCAUUCUUUGCUUUCAGAAGAGGAGCCCAGUAGCGAUACUGGCGUUCUACUCUUCUCUCCAGUCCCUCUGAGCUUCUGGGGCGGCACCGACCCUUCUACUGGCAAAGUCGUUGACGCACAUCAUGACCUCUGUGGUAUCAACCUAAAGGGCACAAUCCUGGCGAUACCUGGGAGCAGGGGUUCUUGCACGGGAAGCACUGUGAUACUGGAGAUGCUAUUGAAUGCGACCGCCCCUAAGGCUUUGAUCUUCAAAGAGAGGGAGGAAAUAGUCACGGCAGGAGUGAUUGUUGCCCGAGAACUAUUUGGGCACGAGCUGCCGGUUGUGAUCACAGAUGAGAAGAAGAAAUUUGACAGGUUGGAAGGGAAAGAAGGAAAAUUCGUGAGCAUUCGGAACGGGAUCAUCACCACGCGGCGCAAUUACGAAGCUGCGCCGAUGGAAUUCGGUCCACCGAACGGUGUCCCCGCAAAACGCCAUUUCGAUUCAACUGGGAUCAAUCUGAAUGCGAGCGACCUUGCUGUACUGGAGGGGCAGCGAGGAAGCGCUGCUGCUAUAGCGAUGAAAAUCAUCAUUACUUUUGCAAAGGUUCAGGGAGCGACCGAGCUGAUCGACGUUACUCAGGCACACUUGGACUCCGUGCUGUACACAGGCCCUGCAAUUCUAAUGUUUGCAGAGCGACUCCUUGCUCUUGGCGAUGCGAAGUUCACCGUGCCUACGACUAUGAAUGCAAUCAGCAUCGAUCAGCAGCGGUGGCAAAGUCACAGCAUCGAUGAGGAGUUCGCAGCGAAUGCCAACAAACUGGCAAAUGCUUAUGUUACGAUGGGUGCAAGACCCACUUUCACUUGUGCCCCUUAUCUGCUUGAUAGCGCUCCCUCGGCCGGCGAGCAAGUCGCCUGGGCGGAGUCGAACGCAGUAGUGUUCGCGAAUAGCGUUUUGGGCGCCAAGACGCAGAAGUAUCCGGAUCUCAUUGAUGUCUGCAUCGCACUUGUUGGCCGUGCUCCGUUGGCUGGAUGUCAUACAGCUGCAGGGCGCCUACCCUCGAUCGCUAUUAAUGCACCUCCCCCAGAUUCCACAACUUUUGACAAAGAUGUCUUCUGGUCCAUACUCGGCUACUGUGUUGGAGAGCUCAGCGGCAAUCGUAUCCCACUCGUGCUCGGCCUCGAAAACAGCAAACCUAGAAUAUCAGAUCUGAAAGCGUUUGGAGCAGCUUUCGCGACGACUUCUUCCGCGAGCAUGUUUCAUGUUAGGGGCGUCACGCCGGAGCAUUGUAUUCUCCGCCCGGAGAUGCUUAGGCAGCGCCUCGAAAUAACAGACCUGAGGCAGUGUUUCACGAGACUCAACACUGCAAUUGAGCCUUCUGUGAGUGUCAUCGCUCUCGGAAAUCCACACUUCUCUUUCGAAGAAUUCGAAACGUUGGCUCAGUUGCUUCAUGACAGCGAAGGCAAGAUGAGAAUGAAAGCCAGCAGCGUACGCCUUAUGAUCACGACGAGUCGUGAUGUUCACCAGAGGAUCACUUCGAAGAAUAUAGCAAUGAUGCUUGAUGCGUUUGGCGCGGAAGUUAUCACAGAUACGUGCUGGUGCAUGAUUCGGGAGUCUACGAUCACGCGCGAGAAUCGACCGCAAGAAAACAUUAUGACGAAUUCGGCAAAGUAUGCACAUUAUGCAACGGGUCUUGUAGGAAGAAAAGUGCACUUUGGAUGCCUAAGGGACUGUGUCGAAGCCUCUCUGCUGGGGAAACGGACUCUGGAACCCAUCUGGUGA